GCUCAGCUCAGAUACACAACUGUUCAACUGUUGUCUUUUUUGUUUUGUUUCGCUUCGAUUUUAUUUUUCGCCAAAAACUUCUAAAACUGAAAAUUUUCCAACAUUUUUGUUUUGUAUAAAAAAAGGACCUAAAUGGUUUUUAUAAAAUGUCUAAUGAACUCGAUCUAUACUACGAACAGCUACGUACGGUAGAAGAAGCCUUACUACGUUCAACCGACCCUGUGGAAAAAGAAUCUUUAGAAAGUCUAAAAAAUGAUCUCAACGAGCUUUUGGAACUCACAAGGGAAACAAUUGCUACCUCGGAAAAUAAUGGAAGCUCAGAAUCUAGAACCAACCAAAUCGGCGAUGACGAGAACGACGAUGAAAUGUCUCUUUUCAUGAAAGAAAUUGGCGAAAUUGAUAAAAAGAGCGAAACAGAUGUUAAAUGUAAGGAACUUAAGGAAUUAUUGGAAUCAAAGAUAGGUGAGAAAUGUUCGGCCCCACAUCAACAUUCGUGGGGAACCAAAACUUACCACAAUGCAAUAAUUUGUGGAGUAGAUGAUUCCUCGGAUAAUCUAAGCGUACGAGUUCUCUUCACAAACCCCACUCACAAGGAAAUGAUUCCUUGCUCGUACUACCUUGAGGGCGAGUGUAGAUUUGAGAGCGAUAAGUGUCACUUUUCCCAUGGAGAGUGUGUGGAGUUUGCCGAGCUCAAGGAGUACAAAGAACCCGAAUUUGAUAAGCUGGCUAGAAAUUGUGUUGUUCUUGCAAAGAUGAAGGACCGCAUGUGGCACAAGGGGCGAGUUUUGUGUGCUAACUUCGUUGAGAAGAACUGUCGGGUGCGUCUGGACAGUCAGAAAAAGGAAAUUGACUUCAAUUUCGAAGAUUUAUUCCCCAUUUUCCAUGAUGAAGAUCUCAGCAGUGGCAGUGGUAGUUCUGAUGAUGAAUCGGACGGAGAAUCGGAUGAGUUUGAAACUGCCCGGAGGGCACGACUCAUCGAACAAAGUCUGUUUUCUUAUGCUGCGGAUCAACCCUUGGGUGCGUGGGAGAAGCACACUAAGGGUAUUGGCUCCAAGUUGAUGUCCAAAAUGGGCUAUAUAACGGGUACAGGCCUGGGAUGGAAUGGCGAGGGCAUUGUCACGCCUGUAAGUGCUCAAAUUCUGCCACCAGGAAAGUCCUUAGAUCAUUGCAUGGAACUCCGUGAAGCUGCUAAUGGUGAUCAGAAUCUAUUUAGUGUGGAGAAAAAACUCAAACAGCAUCAAAAACGACAAGAGACACUAAACGCCAAGGCAUAUGCCAGAGAGUCUAAGAAAACAGAUGUAUUUUCAUUUCUAAAUGGAACAAUAUUGGCAAGUGGCGAUGGGCAGAAAGCGGCAUCAAAGCCACCAACCAUUCCUCCAAUGAAGAACGCCUUCCAAAAUCAUACCACAAAGACGCUGAACGUAGAGAGUGUUCGGAUUUCAGAUGACAUUCGUAAGAAAGAACGGGAGAUAUCAAAAGUCAAGGAAUCAAUGAGGCGACAUCAAGUCGGUACCGAUGUGCACAAACGAUUAAAAAUGCAGCUAGAAGCGAAGAAUCAAGAGUUGGGUGGGCUAAGGAGAAGCGAAAGCUCAUUGGCAAAAGAACAAAUGUCGCGGAAAACAAAAGACAAGCUUUGUGUUUUCUGAUUUUUUAAAGUUUUUUUUU